GAGUACUUUCUCUUUCCCAUCUCAGGGACUCAGACAUGACCAGGAAGAUCUUCACAAACACCCGGGAGCGGUGGCGGCAGCAGAACGUCAACAGUGCCUUUGCCAAGCUGAGGAAGCUCAUCCCUACCCACCCUCCAGACAAAAAGCUGAGCAAAAAUGAAACACUCCGCCUGGCAAUGAGAUAUAUUAACUUCUUGGUCAAGAUCUUGGGGGAACAAAACCUGCAGCAAACAGGAGUGGCUACUCAGGGAAACAUGCUGGGGCUCUUCCCCCAAGGACCCCACCUGCCCGGCCUGGAGAACAGGACUCUACUAGAUGACUACCAGGUUCAGUCACCUGGCCCAAGCCAUCACAUCCCAUAGUGGGAAUCUGACUGCUGGCUGCCGCCCCCUGGCCACACUUAUCCUGAAGUUACCAAUCCAGAGUCCAGAGUCAACCCUGAUGAAUGUCACUAAAGCC